AUGGCUUUCCACAGCUCUGCGUUUUUUCUGUUUUUGUUGAUUGCAUUUCCAUUACUCUCCCAUGCUGAAAUUUCGGAGGAGGUGGCUCAAAAGAUCAAGCGUAUCAAUGCCAAGGGCGAAUAUCAUGGGCUGGUGGUUUCCGGUGAGGCAGAACUAAAAGUGGUUCUGGCUCAGGGAUGGUUCCGUCCUGACCAGGACUUGCCUACUGUAGAUAUCUCUGCUCGAAGGUUCCGUGUGGGAGAUGUUCAAGGGUGCAGGACUAUUCUGGCCAUGACCGGAAGUGGAUCGAUUAAUGCAGCGCAGACGACACAGUUGCUGCUGACUCACUUUCGUGUGAAGGGAGUAAUUCACUAUGGAAGAGGGGCGACUGCAAAACCCAACGAUCUGAGUAUUGGAGACAUUGCUAUUCCCCGUCAAUUCGCACACACUGGCGUCUGGUAUUGGGAGAAAUUUGGAGGUGAUGAGGGAAGCUUCACUCGCGAAAUUGCAAACCUCACGUUUUCGAAAUAUAAUGUUGGAGAAAAGAGAGUUAACAAUAAGCUACAGAGCGUAUAUUUCCAGCCAGAAACUCUCUAUUCGGUGAAAGGAACGCCUGAGGUGGGAACCGCCAAAUUUUGGUUUCGUGUGGACGACAAAUUGUUUGCCACCGCACAGGAGAUUGAGGAUACACUUUUGGACAGGUGCGUGGGGAAAUCGCUGAUAUGUUUGGAACAGCAGCCAAAGAUCCAGAGGGUUGAAAAGGGCAGCAGUGCCAACUUUUAUGUGAAUAACGAGGCUUACAGAGAUUUCCUCAAAACCCAGCUGAAUAUCGCCUCCCUUGACACUGAGAGUGCAGCAAUAGCAAUGGUUUGCGAGGGCGAGAGGAAAGCAUUCCUGGCAAUGAGAUCGAUAACAAAUUACGCAGGAGGAUCUUCUGAAGGAAACGAUGCAUCCGUGAUACAGCAGUUGUGGUAUUUCCAUGCUCGUGCGGCAAUCGUUGCACUUUUCAAGAAACCGGCAGUAGGGGAUUCCUAUGUGGAAUCAGUUGGCGUCCAAAUUGCUGCUGACUCACUUUCAUAUGAAGGGAGUAAUUCAAGACCCAACGAUCUGAGUAUUGGUGACAUUGCUAUUCCCCGUCAAUUCGCACACACUGCCGUCUGGUAUUGGGAGCCAGAAACUGCUUAUUCAGUGAAAGGAAAGCCCGAGGUGGGAAACGCCAAACUUUGGUUUCGUGUGGAUGACAAAUUGUUUGCCACCGCACAGGAGAUUGAGGAUACAAAUCUAGACAAGUGCUUGGGGAAAUCGCUUAUAUGUUUCGAAGAGCAGCCAAAGAUUAAGAGGGUUGAAAAGGGUGGCAGUGCCGACUUUUAUGUGAAUAACGAGGCUUACAGAGACAGCUUCCUUCAUGACAAUUUGAAUAUCGCCUCCCUUGACACUGAGAGCGCAGCAAUCAAAUAUUAUAAUAAUACGAAUUACUGA